AUGGAAUUUCCCUUUGGGUCCCUGGAAACCAACUUCCGUCGAUUCACUCCAGAGUCCCUGGUGGAGAUUGAAAAGCGAAUUGCUGCCAGGCGGGCAGCCAAGAAAGCCAAAGAUAAGCACAAGGAGCAGAAGGACCACAAAGAGAAGCCGCGGCCCCAGUUAGAUUUGAAAGCUUGCAACCAGCUGGCCAAGUUCUACGGUGAACUCCCUGCAGAGCUGGUCGGGGAGCCCCUGGAGGAUCUGGACCCCUUCUACAGCACGCACCGGACAUUUAUGGUCCUGAACAAACGGAGGACCAUUUCCCGGUUCAGUGCCACUCGGGCCCUGUGUUUAUUCAGCCCUUUCAACCUGAUCAGAAGAACAGCCAUCAAAGUGUCUGUCCACUCGUGGUUCAGUCUAUUCAUCACCGUCACUAUUCUGGCCAACUGCGCCUGCAUGACACAGACGGAACUUCCGGACAGGAUCGAGUACGUCUUCACUGUCAUUUACACCUUUGAAGCCUUGAUAAAGAUACUGGCAAGAGGAUUCUGUCUAAAUGAGUUCACUUACCUGCGAGAUCCUUGGAACUGGCUGGAUUUUAGCGUCAUCACCCUGGCGUACAUUGGUGAAGCAAUAGAUCUCCGAGGGAUCUCGGGCCUGCGGACGUUCCGUGUUCUGAGAGCUCUAAAGACUGUUUCUGUGAUCCCGGGACUGAAGGUCAUUGUGGGGGCUCUGAUCCACUCCGUGCGGAAGCUGGCAGAUGUGACCAUCCUCACCAUCUUCUGCCUGAGUGUCUUUGCCUUGGUGGGCCUGCAGCUCUUCAAGGGCAACCUCAAGAACAAAUGUGUCAAGAAUUGCAUAGCUCUCAACGAGACAGCCAAUUCCUCCUCUUACAGAAAAGACAAGCUUCAUGUCUUCCUCUCUUUUUCAGAUUUCUACUUCAAGAAGAAUGGCACUGCUGAUCCCUUACUGUGUGGCAAUGGAUCUGAUGCAGGCCGCUGCCCUACCGGUUAUUUGUGCCUUAAAACAUCUGACAACCCGGAUUUUAACUACACCAGCUUUGACUCCUUCGCUUGGGCUUUCCUCUCCCUGUUCCGCCUCAUGACACAGGAUUCCUGGGAACGCCUCUACCAGCAGACCCUGAGGGCUUCUGGGAAAAUGUACAUGAUCUUCUUCGUGCUUGUCAUAUUCCUGGGGUCUUUCUACCUGGUCAACUUGAUCUUGGCUGUGGUCACCAUGGCCUAUGAGGAGCAGAACCAGGCAACCAUUGAUGAAAUUGAAGCCAAGGAGAAGUUCCUGGAGACCCUCGAGAUGAUCCGGAAGGAGCAGGAGGUGCUGGCAGCCCUGGGGAUUGACACGGCCUCUCUCCACUCCCACAAUGGGUCACCUUUAGGCUCCAAAAAUGCCAGCGAGCAAAAGCACAGAACGAAGCCAAGGGUGUCAGAGGGCUCCAUAGACAACAACAGGUCACCCCAAUCUGACCCUUACACCCAGCACACAAAGUCUUUCCUAGGCAGUGCCUCUGGGAGACGCCGGGCUAGCCAUGGCAGUGUGUUCCGUUUCCGGGCCCCUGGUCAAGACAUCUCACUCCCUGAGGGGGCCACAGAUGAUGAAGUCUUUCUUGGAGACAGUGGAAGCCAUCGGGGCUCCCUGCUGCUGGGUGGAGGCGCUGACCAGCAAGGCCCCCUCCCUGGGAGCCCACUACCCCAGCCCUCCACCCCUGGCUCAGUGCACGGAGAAGGACAGCCCGCAUUGCCCACCGGUGAGCUUGGCCCUGGAGUCGCUGAUGUCUCGCAGGCGGAUGCAGGACAGAAGGCGGCUUUCUUAUCGGCAGAAUACUUGAAUGAACCUUUCCGCGCCCAAAGGGCAAUGAGUGUUGUCAGCAUCAUGACUUCUGUCCUCGAGGAACUCGAGGAGUCUGAGCAGAGGUGCCCACCCUGCUUCACCAGGUUGGCACAGAAGUAUCUGAUCUGGGAGUGCUGCCCCACAUGGAUAAAACUCAAGACACUCCUCUUUAAGGCUGUGACAGACCCCUUUUCGGAGCUCACUAUCACCCUGUGCAUCGUGGUGAACACCAUCUUCAUGGCCAUGGAGCACCACGGCAUGAGCCUCGCCUUUGAAACCAUGCUUCAGAUAGGCAACAUCGUCUUCACCAUGUUUUUCACUGCUGAAAUGGUCUUCAAAAUCAUUGCCUUUGACCCCUACUAUUACUUCCAGAAAAGGUGGAAUAUCUUCGACUGCAUCAUCGUCACCGUGAGCCUGAUAGAGCUGGGCGCGGCCAAGAAGGGAAGCCUCUCGGUGCUGCGGACCUUCCGCUUGCUGAGGGUCUUCAAGCUGGCCAAGUCCUGGCCAACCUUGAACACGCUCAUCAAGAUCAUCGGAAACUCAGUGGGGGCGCUGGGGAACCUCACCAUCAUCCUGGCCAUCAUCGUCUUCGUCUUUGCGCUGGUUGGCAAGCAGAUCCUUGGGGAUAACUACCGCGACUUCCGGCGCAACAUCUCCGCACCCGGAGAGGAGUGGCCGCGCUGGCACAUGAUAGACUUCUUUCACUCCUUCCUCAUUGUCUUCCGGAUCCUCUGCGGGGAGUGGAUUGAGAACAUGUGGGCCUGCAUGGAGGUCGGCCAGAAGUCCAUAUGCCUCAUCCUCUUCCUGACCGUGCUGGUGCUGGGGAACCUGGUGGUGCUCAACCUGUUCAUCGCUCUGCUGCUGAACUCUUUCAGCGCUGACAGCCUCACAGCCCCAGAGGAUGAUGGGGAGAUGCACAACCUGCAUGUGGCCCUGGCUCGGAUCCGGGCGCUUGGUCGUUGCCGGCGGAAGGCCCUUCAAAGCACCAUUGGCUGGCCCCGCCUGCUGCCAUGGCCCAAGGCAGAGCCCCAGCUGGUGGUGAAACUCCCAUUGUCCAGCUCCAAAGCUGAGAACACUGGUGCUGCCAGCACAGCUGGGGGCAGCCCCAAAAGGCCCCCAGUUCCCAGGGACGCUACCAGUGACAACAGUGACUUCAUCACCAACCCAAACAUAUGGGUCUCUGUGCCCAUUGCCGAGGGUGAGCCUGACCUUGAUGCCCAGGAGGAUGAUGGGGAAGAGGAGGCUGGGAGCUCCAGUCAGGAAAGCAUCCCCCCAGGACAGCAGGAGCAGCUGCAGCAUGUCAGGGGGCACCAGGACCCCCUGGCACCCAGAAGCCCAGGCUCUGGAACAUCCUCCCAGGAUCUGGCUCCAUACCUGAGUGAGGAGUGGAAAGACCAGGCUGCUGCCGAGGCCCCUGCAGAGGGAGUGGACAGCACAAGCUCCUCAGAAGGCAGCACGGUGGACUGCCUGGAUCCUGAGGCCCUGAGGAAGCUCUCUGAGCUGGUGGAUGACCUCGAAGUACCGGAUGACUGCUUCACAGCAGGCUGCAUCCGCCACUGUCCCUGCUGCACAGUGACCACCACCGAGUUUCCGUGGGCCGUGGGCUGGCAGCUGCGCAAGACCUGCCACCGCAUCGUGGAGCACAGCUGGUUCGAGAGCUUCAUCAUCUUCAUGAUCCUGCUCAGCAGCGGGUCUCUGGCCUUCGAAGACUACUACCUUGACCAGAAGCCCACGGUGCAGGCCUUGCUCGAGUACACCGACAGGGUGUUCACGUUCAUCUUCGUGCUGGAGAUGCUGCUCAAGUGGGUGGCCUACGGCUUCACAAAUUACUUCACCAACGCCUGGUGCUGGCUGGACUUCCUCAUCGUGAACAUCUCGCUGACAAGCCUCAUAGCGAAGACCCUGCAGUAUUCUGAUGUGGCGUCCAUCAAAGCCCUUCGGACCCUCCGCGCCCUGCGGCCACUGCGGGCUCUGUCUCGAUUUGAAGGCAUGCGGGUGGUGGUGGACGCCCUGGUGGGCGCCAUCCCGUCCAUCAUGAACGUCCUCCUCGUCUGCCUCAUCUUCUGGCUCAUCUUCAGCAUCAUGGGUGUGAACCUCUUCGCGGGGAGGUUUGGGAGGUGCAUCAACCACACCGAGGGAGGAUUUUCUCUUUUGCCUUCAUCUGUUGUGAAUAACAAGACUGAGUGCGAAAAUCAAAACUACACUGGCAGCUUCUUCUGGGUCAACGUGAAGGUCAACUUUGACAACGUUGCAAUGGGUUACCUCGCACUUCUGCAGGUGGCAACCUUUAAAGGCUGGAUGGACAUCAUGUAUGCGGCGGUGGAUUCCCGAGAUGUGAACUUGCAGCCCAAGUGGGAGGAGAACUUGUACAUGUACUUGUACUUUGUCAUCUUCAUCAUUUUCGGCGGCUUCUUCACACUCAAUCUCUUCGUCGGGGUCAUAAUUGACAACUUCAAUCAACAGAAAAGAAAGUUAGGGGGCCAGGAUAUCUUCAUGACAGAAGAGCAGAAAAAGUACUACAACGCCAUGAAGAAGCUGGGCUCCAAGAAGCCGCAGAAGCCCAUCCCGCGGCCCCUGAACAAGUACCAGGGCUUCGUGUUUGACAUUGUGACCAGACGGGCUUUUGACAUCAGCAUCACGGUCCUCAUCUGCCUCAACAUGGUCACCAUGAUGGUGGAGACGGACGAGCAGGGCGAAGAGAAGGCAAGAAUCCUCAGCGCAAUCAACCAGUUCUUUGUGGCUGUCUUCACGGGCGAGUGUGUCAUGAAGAUGUUCGCCCUGCGGCAUUACUACUUCACCAGCGGCUGGAACGUGUUUGACUUCAUCGUGGUGGCCCUCUCCAUCGGGAGCCUGGUGUUUUCCGCAAUUCUUACAUCACUUGAAAAGUUCUUCUCCCCAACGCUCUUCCGAGUCAUCCGCCUGGCCCGCAUCGGCCGCAUCCUCCGGCUGAUCCGAGGGGCUAAGGGGAUCCGCACGCUGCUCUUCGCCCUCAUGAUGUCCCUGCCGGCCCUCUUCAACAUUGGCUUGCUGCUCUUCCUGGUCAUGUUCAUCUACUCCAUCUUUGGCAUGGCCAGCUUCGCUUACGUCAAGUGGGAAGCUGGCAUCGACGACAUGUUCAACUUCCAGACCUUCGCCAACAGCAUGCUGUGCCUCUUCCAGAUCACCACUUCGGCGGGCUGGGAUGGUCUCCUCAGCCCCAUCCUCAACACCGGGCCACCCUACUGCGACCCCAACCUGCCCAACAGCAACGGCUCCCGUGGGGACUGUGGGAGCCCGGCUGUGGGCAUCCUCUUCUUCACCACCUACAUCAUCAUCUCCUUCCUCAUCGUGGUCAACAUGUACAUCGCAGUGAUUCUGGAGAACUUCAGCGUGGCCACAGAGGAGAGCACCGAGCCCCUGAGUGAGGACGACUUCGACAUGUUCUACGAGACCUGGGAGAAGUUCGACCCGGAGGCCACCCAGUUCAUUGCCUUUUCUGCCCUCCCAGACUUUGCUGACACCCUCUCUGGCCCCCUGAGAAUCCCAAAACCCAAUCAGAAUAUAUUAAUCCAGAUGGACCUGCCCUUGGUCCCUGGAGAUAAGAUCCACUGUCUGGACAUCCUUUUUGCCUUCACCAAGAAUGUUCUGGGAGAAUCUGGGGAGUUGGAUUCUCUGAAGGCGAAUAUUGAAGAGAAGUUUAUGGCAACCAAUCUUUCAAAAGCAUCUUAUGAACCAAUAGCAACCACCCUCCGGUGGAAGCAAGAAGACAUUUCAGCCACUGUCAUCCAGAAGGCCUAUCGGAACUAUGUGCUGCACCGCUCCGAGACAAUCGCCAACCCCCCAGCUGUGCCCAGGGCUGAGGAGGAGGCUGUGUCACAGCCAGAUGAAGACUUUGUUGCAUUCAUGGCAGAUGUGCUCCCAGACAAACCCGAAACUGCCUCUGUCACAUCUUUCCCACCAUCCUAUGACAGUGUCACUAGAGGCCUUAGUGAUCAAGUCAACAUGAGUAUAUGUAACCCAAUGCAGAAUGAAGAUGAAGCUACCAGAAAGGAAGCAACUGCCCCUGGGCCCUAGGGGACAUGCCAGCAUGCACACACCAGUUCUGAUGUGACCUCCUGCUCUGUGAUAAC